AUGCUGACUGAACUGGAGCAAGCCAUAGAUUCGCUCAUUGAUGUCUACCACAAAUAUUCCCUGAAAAAAGGGAAUCCUCAUGCCAUUUACAGGGAUGAUAUGAAGAGACUCUUAGAGACUGAGGCUAACAACUAUUUGAAGAAGAAGAGUGCAGAUGCCUGGUUCAACGAAUUGGAUAUCAACAGUGAUAGAGCCAUUAACUUCCAAGAGUUCCUCAUUUUUGUGGUAAAGAUGGGUGUGAUAGCUCAUGAAGAUAUUCACAAAGAAUAG